UUCAUCCUUGCGUGGAAAUAUUUAUCUCAGUGUGUGAAAGAAAUGUGUACAAGAUAUACAUAUCUACGUUGAUGUACCAAGUGAGACACAAAUCGUAUCCGCUUCACGAGUAGAUAGUCAGGCCUGUCAUUGUCCGAGUUCCUUUCACAGCAGAUGACACCUGAGGUACAAAUUCUUAGGCCUGUGUGUCAAGCCAAGCAACUGCACCCUAUAAUGCGUCGGUGUGUACAUAAGACAGAAAGGGUGGAUUUUAGAGAGAGAUUCCUUUCAUCGGGGUCAGAGAUAUGAGAAGUUACAGGUGCGUUUGUGACAGGGUAGUUACUAAGGCAGAAGAGGAAACACUCGCACCACUAGCAUCAACCCCCAGAACUGACUGAAGAUGAGACGGGCAUUUCAUACAGACACAGACGUGACUAUACUUUUUAAGCAAUGGAAGACCGUCUCUGUUACAGAUGUUCUGGUCAUAGCGAUACUGAUAUUGAUUGUGGCUCUUUUGAAUGAAGGACUUUAUGCAUACCGCGGGGUUGUUACGUCAACACAGAGCAGCAAGCAAACCAGGUAUUCCUGGCUUUCUUGGGUUCAUUUGCUGCACUCAUUAUGUCACAUGCUACGUGUCACAUUGUCCAACGUAUUAAUGCUAGCUCUAAUGUCGUACAAUCUCUGGAUAUUUAUCGCUAUCAUUCUUGGCUCCGUUUUGGGGUACUAUUUGUACGGAUGGACCCUCAUUGACAUACGCCCCCCUCAAGACAGGGGCCAGGGAUACAGACAAAGUUUAAAUCUCCCUGACAGAUUUGAAAUUAGACAAACUCCAUCACAUGAGGAAGAUAUUAACUUCAGGGCCAUUUCAUUGGGUGAAAAAAACCAUAACAAAAUCGAAGAACGCCAAAGCAUGUUGUCGUCAGCUUCGUCAAUGGAACUUCCACAAAAUAAAACGACACAAUUAUCCACGUUUCAGCAUCAAGACACCAAGACUGUUAAAACUUCAAGUGAAAGUGGGAACAAUGCAUCAGAUAUGAAUCAAAAUACAAAUGAUUAUGAUGCCGAGGAGCUACAAGGCAUGCUAUCAAAUAGUAACACAAAUGAAAGCAAUGUCUAAUGAAAAUAGUUCAGUGAGAUUUUGCCAGGCUACACUUAUUCUUUCUCAUUUUUGAACAAGUGUCCCAUUGUUAAAAUGCAAAUGAAGCAAAAUUCAUGCAACCCCCUCCGCAAAUCUUAUCUAUAUUUUGGAGAGAAAAAGGAAUGCUGGGUGGUUGCCCUUCUUGUUAUUAGACCUUUGAUGUACGAAUAAUCAAACGGGCGCACGACGGAAAAAGGAAAGAUGAUUAUAAUAUUAAAAUAAUCAUGCGCCCAUAAUAAGAGGCAUUCCUGUUUGCGUCUUUUUGAACAUUCCAGCUGAAUUAAAAACUUGAAGAGUGUCUCUAUGUCUCUAUUUUAUAGCACUAUACACUGUCUUAACAACGGCAAGAAAACGAGAAAAUGUCAACUAGGGGAUAUCAUCAUUAUAGUGGAAAAUUAGUAGGAAACUAGCGCUACCGUCACGAAGACUUAUUGCUUAGUGCCGAAGGUGAAAGAAAUAAGAGAAAACCUCGAAUAUAUAAGCCGAUUGCACGGAGAUGGAAGUUAGAAAAAUUCUUGGGGUUUCAACUUCUUCUGCAAUUCUUAUGGAAUUUUCCCAGGGCAGAGAGAUCAGAAAAAAAACUGGAGAAAAUUAAGAAUACUGUUGAAUAUAAAAACGAACUGUACAUCUAAAAGAUGAUGACGAUGAAAAUUACUUAAAAAUAAGGAGAUGUUGCUUAAUCUUGCCCAACCGCUGUAGUAAAAGUUACUCUUACUAAUUUCAGAGGUGCAUCGUCACGUUUCUUACGAAUAAUAGGUACAGUACAAGAUAUAUGAUAUAGAGUGAAACUAUUUUUGUAUGCAACUGUUUUACAAUAAAGUAACAUUAAUCAA